CCCACAGCCCUGCUGCGUCGAGAAGGAGCACUCCAGACCAUGGCACCAAGAAGAGCCCGCAAGAGAGCGGAAGGCGGAGCCAGCUCCAAUGUCUUCUCCAUGUUUGAUCAGUCCCAGAUCCAGGAGUUCAAAGAGGCCUUCACCAUCAUGGACCAGAACCGGGAUGGCUUCAUCGACAAGGAGGACCUGAGGGACACCUUUGCUGCCCUGGGCCGCAUCAAUGUGAAGAACGAGGAGCUGGAGGCCAUGGUGAAGGAGGCCCCCGGGCCCAUCAACUUCACCGUCUUCCUGACCAUGUUCGGGGAGAAGCUGAAGGGUACGGACCCAGAGGAGACCAUUCUCCAUGCCUUCAAGGUGUUUGACACUGAAGGGAAAGGUUUUGUCAAGGCUGACUUCAUCAAAGAGAAGCUCAUGACCCAGGCGGACCGGUUCAGUGAGGAGGAGGUCAAGCAGAUGUUCACGGCUUUCCCUCCAGACAUGUGCGGUAACUUGGACUACAGAAGUCUGUGCUACAUCAUCACGCACGGCGAAGAGAAGGACUAGAAGUCCCCACCUUCCGAGGCAGCCAAUGCCAGCGGUGUUAUGGGGGCGACUGUCGGGGAACCCCUGCAGCCAACAUGUGUAAAGAAAAGGCUCCCCUCGCCCCGUGGGUGGAUCAGGGGCAAAACAAGAAUAAAGCUUGCGAACAAGG